GCACCUCCAGGCCGCGCCCGGCCCAGCCCCGGCUCGGGAAUCCCCGCAGAGUGCAGCGGGCCGGGCCGGGCCAGAGCGCAGGGCGGAACCUGUGGGAAAGGAGCGCGGUGGCGGAAGGAGUCCGGGGCCGGACCGCCCCGCCCGAGACCGACAGGUAACAGGAGCGAUGUAGGAGGAUUCCAGAGCUGAACAUCAGCAAGGCCAACUUUCCUAAUGGAACAGGCUCCCCAAGGGACAUUCCAAGAUGAGCUGGAGUGGUGUAUUUUGCAGCUGGAAACAGUCCUCCUUCAUCUCAACCCAACCCCAAAACAAGGGCUCACUGUGAUCCCAUUUCUUGUCUUUGUGUCAGUCGGUUUCUUGAGUGCAGCAGAGGAGACACGGCACAUCCUCAAAAUCCUGCGCUCCCGCAAGGCUGCCUUUGUGAAGAAGCGGCAGGUGAUGAACCACGUGUUUGGGGAUUACCGACUGAAGAUGGCUGAGGAGCGGAAAAGGACGGAGAAAGCUGCCAUAAAACCUGGAAAAGUGCAAAUACAGCAAGAGAAGGCACAGGCUUCAGGGAGCGUGGUGUAUAAGAAGCGAUCUGGACAGACCUCUGAGUCAACAACAAACUGGUUCACAACAUCUGAUAAUAGCUUCCAAUUCAGCUUUGCACUUCCUGAUAUGGAUCCACAAGCAACCAAUGGAACUUUGGAAGAGGCCCAGGAGCAGUCAGAUAAACAGCUGUGGAGGGAAGUGGACUGGUGUGUGGAACAGCUGGAACUUGGCCUGAAGACACAGAAAUCCACUCCAAAACAGGCUGAAGAAGCUCUCCAUGCCAUCAAGACACUCCGCAGUGACAAGGCUGUGCUGGCAAAGAAGUGUCAGGUCAUGCGAGCCAUGUUUGGAGAUUACAAGAAGAAGAUGGAGGAGGAGAGACAGAAACAGCUGAAGCUCAUGCAGGAAGCUGCAAAGUCUGCUCAGGUCGUGGAGGUGAGGGAGAAUGCCCGCAGAAAGAGCAGCCAGGUCUUCAGGAAGCGUUCAGAGGCAUCCAGGAAAAGCCCAAGUUCUGCAGGAUCCCCUUUUCAUCCUCCCAGCCAUCCUGAGUAACCACAGGUAUCUGGCACAAACUUGUUCAUGUUCCCAACUUCCCAAGAGGAAUUCCGCUUUAACUUUUUUUAGGAAAGUCCCUUGAACAUUUAUUGUUUUUGUUUAAUGGCUGAAAAUGUUGCCAAAACUGGAAUAAUCUUAGGGGGUGGGAGGAUGCUGAGCAGGGAAAAAGGAUCAUGUUGUGGGAAACAUGCAUAAGUUCAUAGUGAAAAGACACUAAGUGCCUUAGAUCAAGUGUAUGUAACAGCUCUACCUAUAAUGCAUACAACUCCACAGACUCAGACUGUGGGCUGGCUCCUUUCCUCAUACACACCUUUGGGAGGUGCCUUUGCAAAUGAUCAGUAUGGAGUGAGUUGAACUUUGCAUUUCUUUUAUCUUCAUGGCAAUUCCAUGGGAUAAUCUUUUUGUAAAGGGGAGAUUCCCCCCCCCCCUUUUUUUUUAAAAUAGCACAAACCAGUUAUGAUGGGAAGAAGGAGACACAUACAGGAAGUAGCACUGUUAACAAGAGGAUCCAAGUUUCCAUUGGUAAAUGAAGAAGGCAUCAGGAAGAAGUACUGAUAUUUAUUUUCUGUAUUAGUCAUGAAUGGAUCCUAUGGCUUUCAGGUUUCACAGGUCCUGGUCAGUAUUGGUAUCCCCAUCCUCUGCAAUGUGCAAAGAUUCAGCAUCACUCAGAGAGAGAGAGAGAGAGAGAGAGAGUGUGAAUCAUAGACUACUGGCCAUUCAGAGUGUAGUCUGAGAGGAGAAUUCUAUGAAGGUCUACAGAUUAACUUAAACCAACAAAGUGGUAUAGGGGCAGCACCAGCUACCACCAGACAAGAAAGGAUUUUAGUUUGAGCCGCAGUCCCUUGAUCUCUGGGCCAGUUGGUGGGAGCUCUGUGAAGGAAGCACAGUCAAUCUUGGAAAAAGAAGCUUUGCUCUUGAGCAGCCAACUAAUGAACAGUAAUGACUGACCAUACCUAGCUUUCUUUCAUCAGAAGGGUGAGUCAGCUCCAUGCCAAGCCUUGGGUGGAGAUGAAAUAAAAUGGGAGAGCCCAGCAGAGGACUUACUGAAAUAAAAAUAUUUAUAUGAUCAAUAUCCAA